AUGUCUCAGUUCCCAAAUGGCAAUGGCAUGCCAUUCCUUUGGCAAACACCUCAACUCUUUCACGCGACGGUCGAAGACGACCCCGUUCAGCUUUACCCCGCCCAUGCCAUGGAAGCUGUGGGAUAUAUGGAAACUCCCCUUACAACACAUGAAAGACCUGGUAGCAUUAUUUCUAGGCCUUUACCGAUUUCUCAACCUUCUUUCAACGUUGAUCUGAAGCCGCCACGUUUUGAUGUACAAUGGCGAUGGUGGGAGGAUGAAGCUAGCUUCAUCCUGCGAGCAUUCACGGUUGAAGCCAUUAAACGACUUGUGCAGUUCCGUUUGUAUCAUGACGAUAACCUCCCUAGGUCUAUACUUCGGAGUCGAGAUUCGAACACUGUGACUAAAUUUCUCAGCUCACUGUUGCCCCCCGAUGAUGGCACAAUAGUUACCGAACUUACGCAUUACGAUAGAGUGGAGAAGCUCCUCAGUCUAUGUCGUUCUAAAGAUAACGAGGCCAGACCUUGGACCUGGUUUCCUACUCGGCAUCCCAACGACCUUGAUUAUGAAGCAGUUGCUAGAGACGUCAACGAAGAGAGCUACUUGCAGUUUAAGGCUGUUCGGUUCGAAGACUGGGUCCACUACUCCCUUGGAUACCCUACUCCAUCGGUAGAAUGGUUCCUGGUUCAACAUUCUAAACUUUCUAGCUACCUUGUGGAUCAUUUCAAUGAGUUUCCUGAUCGAUCGCAUAAGUACGUCGAGGUGGAGAAGCAUCUCCGCUCGCGCAGUCCUUUUGCUCACCAGGCGGUUUUGUGCAGUCUUAAAGUUAAAGGAAUUGUGGAUUCUGACGAUACUCCAUUGUCGACACACAGGCUCAUGCGAUUCCUCACAAUCCCGAUACAAAACUUGUUUACGACGCAGCAAAAUGGCCUAAUACGGAUGUUAAAGAAGCUGGUGGUAUUGGAAAUCCGUUUCAAUCACAUGUACCAUCAAGGGUCAGAUUUGAACUGGGAUAGUAACUUUGAGGCUGAAUCUCCUCUCCUUGACGAGUUCUUCGAGGCCUCUUCUCCUCGAGCCCUGGCGAGAUGUCUCACACACUCGGAUGAUCGGGAAUUUACCGGUCUAUCGUUACAAAGCUUCGUUACUGAAGACUCCAAAUUCCGUCAGUUGAUAGCGGGCUGGGAUAAUCUAUGUACGGUGACCGAGGAGUGUUGCCUCGCUUAUCCGAACUUAGUUGACUUUUUAAGAAAUUGUGUUCAGUACAAAGCAGGCCUGGGUUACCAUUUCUCCGCCCCUAUGUUAUAG